UAUAAACAAACAAAACAUUAGAUAACAAACACUGCAAUCAAAUUCAAUAUACAAAACAAUGUUUGGUUGUCUGCGAUCACUAAUACUACCGACGACUGUAUCGGCGACCAAAACAGCGGUCACUUGUUGUCUCAAGAGGCAGAUUGUCGGCCAUCGUAAACACUCGGCGUUGUUGAUUGCCUGUUGCGGCCAACGCCGUCAGUUGACUAACGGCGGUUGGAUCGGCGGCGACCAAUACGAAGUGGUCGAACCGCACGAAUGGACACCACAUCGGCGACACUUUGCAGCCGAUAUUCAGCGGCCAGAUUAUGCCGAUACGGGUGUGGUAGCUGCCAAAGAUCCGAACGUUUUGAUCAAAUCGAAAGCCGAACUGAUCGGUAUCGCCGAAGCGUGCAAAGUGGCCAAAACUAUACUCAACGAAGUUGGUCAACAAUUAACGGUUGGCGUUACCGGCGAAGACAUCGAUGACAUGGUUUACGAUCUUUGCCAAAAAUAUCGAUGCUAUCCAUCGCCACUGAACUAUAACGGCUUUCCAAAGUGUGUGACCACAUCGGUAAACAAUGUGGCCGUUCAUGGUAUACCCGAUCGGCGGGAACUGGUGGCCGGCGAUGUUAUUACAGUUGAUGUUAGUGUCUAUUAUAAAGGUUUUCACGGAGACUGUGCCCAUACGUACCCGAUCGGCGACUAUGUGUCGGACAGUACUUACCAUUUGAUAAACGUUGGCCAACUGGCACUGUACGAAGCUAUCAACGUUUGCCGCGACGGUGUAAAACUAUCGGCAAUCGGGCGUACCAUCGAAUCGCUAGCUAAAGAGUACGGCUAUUCGGUAAUCGGCGAUUUUUGCGGUCACGGCAUUGGCCGCCAGCUGCACGAACUGCCGCAAGUGUUGCACAUCGAUCAUCCAUCUAGUUUUACCCUAAAAGAAAACAUGUGUAUAACUAUCGAACCGGUUAUUACCGAAGGUUCCGACAAAGUGGCCACCGAUUCGCAAGAUGGCUGGUCAGUGUUGACUGUAGACAAUCGCCGUACCGUACAGUUCGAGCACACCAUUUGUAUUACACGAGACGGGGCUAUCAUUUUGACCGAAAUUGAUUGAAACUAUUCAUUGUCUUAUAUUUGUAUAUAAAUUUGUUUGUUAGUUAAAACUAUACUUUAAUUAUCAAUGCAUUCAAUUUACAGUAGUUUUAUAUACACUAUAUUAUUAUUAAUCAUUAAAUUAAAAAAAUUAA